GAGCUUCUCCCGGAGCCCAGCGCCGGACCACCUUCAUCCAUGUGGACGUACCCGGGGUAAAAGUGCACGGACCACGGAGCCAUGGAACAGUUUAAACUCUGGACUCCUCUUCUCUCGGCUCUUAUUCUGAUGGGUCACAUGACUGAAUUUUAUCAGGCUGGUGCCCCGAGUCUGCAGUGCUGUGCGCACUAAAUCUACACAGCCUAAUGUUUUUGGCAUCGCUGUGUUGUGGCUGCGGCUGUGGCUCAUGUACAUGACCAGCUCGAGCCAUGCCCUGAACCAUUUCCUGGAGCAGUCUUUCUCUAACCCUCUGGCCUCAGACCUUCAGGGCUUGUCCUCCUGUGAUUUCGAAUCCAUGUGUCAGUGGACGUUCUCCAAUCACAGUGAGCAGGGUGACUGGUUUGUGGUGCCCGCGGGUGAGGCCGAGCAGAGCAGAGUGUCCAGGCCUCGCACUGACCACUCCCUGGGCACAGCAAAGGGACAUUUCCUUCAACUGCGAGCCUCUCCAGGCCAAUGCAAGUACUACCUGACCAGUCCAGUCCUGCCCUUCAGCUCGGAGCUCUGCACCUUGCACUUAGCCCUGUUGAACUGGGCCCCAGGAAACUUCAGCCUCCUGAUCACACCCAUGAACUCAGACCCCCAGCCUCUGCUCAUCCACUCAGUCCACAGCAGGGGGCAGUGGGACGAGCUGGAGGCUGUGAUUGGCUGGAUUGAUGAGCCAUUCCAGGUCACUCUGUUGUACACGUCCUGCCAGGCUGAGGGCAACACUGUGGCUCUGGACUCUCUGGAGCUCCGAAACUGUGAAGAGCAGCCUCUGUCAGAGCUGAGCACUGCCUGUGGGGAGUCCUUCCAAUGUGAUGCCACUGAGAGCUGUGUAGACUCGAGCCGUGUGUGUGACUUCCACACUGACUGUCCAUUUGGAGAGGAUGAAGGCUUCAUCUGCGGAGCCCUCCCCUUGGGCUCUUACUGUUCGUUUGAGCAGGACGACUGUGGCUGGUCUGUGUCCACGCAGCACUCUCAAUGGAGGCGAUUGUCAACUGAUUAUCUGGAUAUCCAGGAGCUACUGGGAGAAGUUCUGCUCUCCACACCUGGGCACUUCCUGUUUUUACAGGUCAGAGACAGCAGUGCUGCCAGUAAAGUGUCCGUCCUCAGUCCAUGGUUCCCUGCUCCAGUCUCCUCCAGUGACUGCCAGAUGUACUUUUCUCUGUACCUCUUUGGGGACUUUAAUGGGACUCUGGUCGUGGCCGUAGAAGAAAGUGAUACAGAGAACAGCCCUCUGGUGUGGGAGAGGAAUGGCCCGUGGACAGACGACUGGGACCAUGUUGCUCUGCAGCUGACUGGGAUUGAGCACAGGUUUCACAUGAGGGUGACUGCUGUGUGGGCUCCUGGCUCCGAGGCUGAUAUUGCCCUAGACCUAAUCUCUUUGGGAGCAGCCUGCUUCUACACUGAUAUAAAUGAGCUGGGGCCUGCGGUGGACCUGGGGGAUCUUCUGAGCCCUCUCCCUGAGCCCUCAGCCUCGGAGGUUUCCCUGACUACAUGGUUCUUUACCUCGUGCGGGGCGAGUGGUCCACAUGGGCCCACUCAGGCUCAGUGUGACACCACCUACAGGAACAAGAACGUCAAUGUCACUGUGGGAAAGGAUGGUCCACUGAAAGGAGUCCAGAUGUGGAGGGUCCCAGCCACAAACCGAUACCAGAUCUCAGCGUAUGGAGCCGCAGGAGGGAAAGGAGCCAAAAAUCACAACAAGCGCAACCAUGGGGUCUUUAUUUCAGCGAUGUUUGUUCUGGAGAAGGGAGAUACACUGUACAUUUUGGUCGGCCACCAGGGAGAAGACGCGUGUCCAGGGAGAAACCAGCUGACCCAGAAGAUUUGUCUGGGGGAGUCUUCAGUGAUAGAAGACAACCUGAGGGAAGGGGCAAAUGCUGAGUGGGCCGGAGGUGGAGGAGGAGGGGGUGGUGCCACAUACAUCUUUAAGAUGGAGGGGGGUGAGAUGGUGCCUCUGCUUAUCGCGGCUGGGGGAGGCGGAAAUGCAUACCUGGAGGACCCAGAGUCCAGUCUGGAUCAAACCCCUCUGGAGCAGUUUGAGAACAGCACCAGUGCCCCCAGCAGCAGUGGGCACACAGGAGCAGCAGGUGGAGGUGGGGGCUGGAGAGGUGACCUGAGUCCUCACUCCCAAGCGGGACAGUCUCUCCUAGAUGGGUCUGUCGGGGGGUCUGCCUGUCCAUUGGCUCUGUCUAAACUCGGCUGGGUAACCUACGGGGGCUUUGGAGGUGGAGGGGGCGCAUGCACCGCAGGAGGAGGUGGAGGUGGCUACAGAGGAGGAGAUGCUGCUAUAACUGAUGAGAUCUUGGCUGACGGCCAAGACGGAAUCUCUUUCAUUCACCCCGCAGGAGAGAUCUUCCUGCAGCCGUUGGCAGCCAUGGAGAGCCAUGGGGAGUGUGAGAUCAAAGUACAACCCAACUGUAGUCACUGUCAGAUGCAGAACUGCAGACGGGAUGAGGACACGCGUCAGAUUAUCUGUCUGUGCCACGACGGGGAGGUCCUGGCCAAUGACAACGUCACCUGCAUCAGUGCUGUAGCUUCUCCCCAGGGCCCCAUCCCUCAGAGCCCUGUCCCUCAGAGUCACAUGUCAGUGUCUCUGAUCCUGGCAGUGGUGGCCUCUACUGUGGCCAGUGGUGUCGCUCUCAUCUGUGCUGGUGUCAUCCUCAUGUGGUACCGCAGGAAAAGUGACCUGCAUGCUGUCAGAGGACGGCUGCAGAGUCCAGAGUACAAGCUCAGUAAAAUUCGCUCCUCCACCAUAAUGACAGACUACAAUCCAAACUACUGUUUUGCUGGUAAAGCCAGCUCACUCAGUGAACUGAAGGAAGUUCCCCGGAAAAACAUCACUCUCCUUAGGGCUCUUGGCCAUGGAGCGUUUGGAGAAGUGUACGAGGGACAGCUCCUGGGGAUGAGUGCUGAUAAUAGUCCCAUGCAGGUUGCUAUAAAGACCCUUCCUGAGAUUUGCUCAGAACAAGACGAGAUGGACUUCCUGAUGGAGGCUCUGAUCAUGAGUAAGUUUAGUCAUGAAAACAUUGUUCGCUGCAUUGGAGUGAGUCUCAACAUCCUGCCACGCUUCAUCCUCCUGGAGCUGAUGACAGGUGGAGACAUGAAGAGCUUUCUGAGGCAGCACAGGCCCAGAUCUGGCCACACCUCAUCCCUCACCAUGAGGGAGCUGCUGCGCAUGGCCCGGGACAUCGCCUGUGGCUGUAGAUACCUGGAGGAGAACCACUUCAUUCACAGAGACAUUGCUGCUCGAAACUGUCUGCUCACAUGUCCAGGACCUGACCGAGUGGCAAAGAUAGGAGACUUUGGUAUGGCCCGAGACAUUUACAGGGCCAGCUACUACAGGAAAGGAGGCAGAGCCAUGCUGCCUGUCAAAUGGAUGCCCCCUGAGGCUUUUAUGGAGGGAAUUUUUACCUGCAAAACUGAUACAUGGUCAUUCGGAGUAUUGCUCUGGGAGAUUCUUUCUCUAGGAUACAUGCCUUAUCCCUGUAAAACCAACCAGGAGGUUCUGGAGUUUGUCACCAGUGGAGGCCGUAUGGAUCCCCCAAAAGGGUGCCCCGGGCCUGUUUACCGGAUCAUGACCCAGUGCUGGCAGCACUGUCCAGAACACAGACCUAACUUUUCUACAAUUCUGGAGAGAAUCAACUACUGCACUCAGGACCCAGAUGUGAUCAACACUCCUCUUCCAGUGGAGUAUGGCCCUGCUGCAGAGGAGGAUGCAGUCCCACGCCCCUCUGAGCAGCUCCCUUCCAACCACACACCUCUGACAUCGCUGAGUGUCUCUGUCACUCCUACUCCACAACAGCUUGCUAAACCACACUUUCUCCUUCUUGCCGACCAACCCCUUCAACAUGAGGCCCCAGAGGUGACCCCCAAGGGGACCUGGCUCCACCCUGAGACUCAGAAUCAACCACACUCUAUAAAUCAUUCCUCAUCAGGAAGUCAAAGACUUAAGAACAAAACCAAGAACUUGUGGAACCCCACGUAUGGCUCCUGGGUUCUGGAGAGCAUCAGGGGUAAGAAAGCCCUGGUCCACACUCAGUCCAUGCCUCUGUCCUCAGGCAGCAGCCCUCCACAGAGCUCCACCUCUGAAUGCACUGACACAGCCUGUGAUGGAGCCAACAGCCUUCACCCUGGGACAUCCACAGUACUCUCCCAUAGACUCCCUGGGGUGGCCUCUGGCACUUCCAAGGCUGGGAUGGACCUGGCUAAGCUUCAGAGCUUCCCCUGUGGCAAUGUCAACUAUGCAUAUGAUGAGCAGAGCUAUGAGUCAGAGAACCUGCCUUUGGCAAAGGCUGAAGUCCCAGUGGUAAAGGCCAGCUGUGCUCUGAGUGUGUCUUUGGGAAGUGGCUUAGGACUGCGGCUCCACACCUCAGCCAAAGCACCCAAACUGCUCCUGAAGAGGCACGCCAGCUAUGGACACGAGGAUGUGAGGAGACACACCAAAGCUGAUAAACCUCCCCGUGACCGUGACUCAGGAUUCUCUCUGUCUGAAGACCUCAGCGUAACCCCAAUCUAAUGCAAGCCUAGGACAACACUGAGCUGUGCUCAGCUGUGCUUGGCUCAUCUCCUCACAAUAAAAUGCUGGAAUUUGCUCAGAGCGCUGUGCACACCAUUGCCACAUGCUUGGUGCAUGCUAUAGCAUUAAAAGACACACUGUAUGCCCAAUAUUUCCUCACAAGAGCUUUAAAUACUGCUGAGCCAGUACAAGUACACAGUAGCAUACAUAGUAGCAUAUACAUAGUAGUAUACCUUGUUCCAGCAGUGGAUCAGAGUGUUGCUGUUAAUGUUUAAGUUACUUUUUCGGUGUAGAUCAGCAGCCCACAUAAAGAAAAACAUACUAUUAUUACAUAUGCUUUUUCCUGAUUAUAAUAAACAAAGGCUUUCAAUGUUUUUCAAUAUAUAUUUCAAUAUUAAUUUUAAAUGAUUUCAAAAAUAGAAAUGGGUUGAUAGGCCUUCCACUCAAAACUGCAGAAGUGACAGGCCCUGACCAUAGUGGCAUUUCACUGUAGCAUGGAGAGGAUGUUAUUUUGUGUUUUUAUUUUUGAAAUAUGGCUAUGCAAUGUUUAUGAACAUUAUUUGUAUGACCUGAAGUAAAAUUUGUUUUACUUUUCACAUGUACAAAGCAGGGAGGGAGUUUACACUGGACUACCUAACUCUACUCCUUUUUUUCAUUGCUUUACUGUAAGUUGACAGUGUUUGAAGCAGAUCACUGCCAUUAGAUGUUUACUGAGGGAGACCAGCAACCUGCUGCUCUUUUUGUGUAUCUUAUCCUUGUGUUAAAUAAAUACAAUAUUUUAGAAGUUGUAGCCAUUGUUUAGUGUUUAGUUUAGUUUAGUUAGUGUUAACCCUUGUGACGAGUCUCCCAGUGUAUAAAACACAUGUAUUUAAUACAAAAUAGGUAGUAGACUAUUAUGCUAUACUGGAAUUGAAUUUUUCAUUUUUAUAAAUAUAUAUAUAUAUUUUUACAGCAGAAUAAUUCACAUUGAUGGUUAUGUAUGUAGCUUGUAGAACAUACUAAUACAAUUUGCUGUCUCCUGAUUUCUCACAUUACCAUUACCCCUAUAACAGCAAACAAUUGUAUUAUACAAAUAAAUAAUAAUGUUUGGUUGUAAA